GAGCCCUAAUCCGGGUUCUACUCUCUGUGCAGAAUCCCGAGACUGUGGCUCAGGGCACGUCCAGCGGCUGGAUAGGAGCAGUGAUGGGGGCUCUGCAGCUGGCCCAGGAGGGGGACCAGCUGCUCUACUGGGGGGCUGGAGUCGCCACUCUGCUCUUCACGCUGCUGGCAGCCUUCACAUUCCGCCUGCUGCCGGAUUACCUGGGGAAGUGGAAGGCGCUGAAGCCGAUUCCGGGGCUCAGCCCCUGUUACCCGCUGCUGGGAAAUGCUCUGCUCUUCGAGCGCAAAGGAGAAGAUUUCUUUAAACAAAUGACGCAAUACUAUAAAGAUUUCAGGAAUCAACCACUGUUAAAACUUUGGUUUGGACCAUUGCCUUUUCUGUUUUUAUAUCACCCAGAUACUGUCGAGGUUAUUCUAAGCAGUUCGAAGCACAUGGAAAAAUCCUAUCUAUACAAAUUUCUGCAGCCAUGGCUUGGCACAGGACUUCUAACAAGCACUGGAGAUAAGUGGCGUUCCAGAAGGAAAAUGAUAACUCCCACAUUCCACUUCACAAUCUUAGCUGAUUUGCUAGAAGUUAUGAAUGAACAAGCCAAUAUUUUGGUUGAUAAACUUGAAAAGCAUAUUGACAAAGAGCCCUUUGAUUGCUUUCUAGACAUCACUCUCUGUGCCCUGGAUAUAAUCUGUGAAACUGCGAUGGGCAAGAAUGUUGGUGCACAGAACAAUAAGGAUUCUGAAUAUGUCCGUGCUGUUUAUAAGAUGAGUGGCAUCCUUCAUCAGAGACGGAAGUGUCCUUGGUUUUGGUCUGACUUUAUGUACCUUAUGUUCCAAGAAGGAAGGGAACAUAAUAGAAGUCUCAAGAUUCUUCACAGUUUUACUGACAAUAUUAUUGCAGAAAAAUCCCAUGAAAUAAAGAACCAUGAACAACAUAAAACUGACUUUGAAGGCAAAUGUGAACAAAGUGGGUCCAAAAAGAGAAGAGCUUUUCUGGAUAUGCUUCUGAAUGCAACUGAUGACAAAGGGAACAGAUUGAGUUGCAUGGAUAUUGGAGAAGAAGUGGAUACUUUCAUGUUUGAGGGGCAUGAUACAACAGCUGCUGCUAUGAACUGGGCCAUCUACUUACUUGGAUGUCAUCCGGAAGCCCAGAAGAAAGUUCACAGAGAAUUGGAUGAAGUGUUUGGGAACUCUGACCGGCCUGUCACAGUGGAUGACCUUAAGAAGCUCCGAUAUCUUGAGUGUGUAGUUAAAGAAGCCCUUCGUCUCUUCCCUUCUGUUCCAUCCUUUGCCCGCACCUCAAGUGAAGAUUGCCAUAUUAGAGGAUUUAAGAUACCAAAAGGUACAGAGGUAGUCAUUGUUACUUAUGCAUUGCACAGAGAUCCAGAGGUUUUCCCAGACCCUGAGGAAUUCAGGCCUGAGCGAUUCUUCCCUGAGAAUUCUAGUGGAAGGCAUAUAUAUGCGUAUGUGCCCUUCUCUGCUGGAUCCAGAAACUGCGUUGGUACGUAGGUGAUAAAAGCCGAAGUGUAAUAGGCCUCUGUUGGGAGGCUGACACUGGCCCUUUACGAAGGAAGAUAUCAGUGCACUUAAGACUGGUUAGUUGACCCCUCCUCCCCAUUAAACUUAAAAGAGGGUACUUGGGCCAU